AUGUCCUCCGUUGUAGAAAACGGAAGGUUAAGGGAAGAGGCUAUCGAGGUCGAGGGUAUGGAAAGAACCCGUAAUUCAUGGGAUUAUAGUCUACGACACACACCUAUGCCACCACCCUGGGUUGCACCAUCACAUAAGGAGCGAAGUCUUCAUUAUCAUCCCAACUGGUCAGCCGGCAACCAUAACCCUCUCUACAUUCUUGGGCCCCCUCCCGACAGAUUCAUAAUUGCCGCAACCUCGACUAAGUCACUCAGCGCUCAUUUUCAGCAACGCCUUAUGUGGGCACCAUGGCGAGACGAUCCCAAAAUUCGGGAGGAACUGAGAAGAAUCAAGGGUAUGAAAAUUGCGGUUGGUUUUAACGGCGCGAUAGUAACAUCUCACCAACCAUAUCCACACGAUCUGGGCCGUCUGUUACCUAAUCCGAAGGAUGGUUCUCAAUCAAUUUCUGCUGUUUUUGAAGUGCUUGCAGAAAGCAUGACCAACGAGAUGCGGCGCGUGUCCUCUGAAGAAGACGUGGCUCUUCACGGACUUGGCACAAUGCGCCAGAAGGGGGUGGCCGGCACUGUCGAUAUGCUCUACCAGGUCAAUUGGCAGUGGAUUACAGUGCACGUCACUCUGCUAUUGCUGACUUUCUUGUUCCUGUUUUUCACGAUGAUGAAGUCCGGCGAACAUUCGGAAAUACCGUUGUGGAAGAACAGCUCGCUAGGGAUCCUUCGGCGUGGAUACGACAUGGGCGGACUGUUGCCCAGCGGCAAGGUGUCUGUCAAAGAACUUGAGAAUGCUGCAAGAAAAAUGUGCAUAUGUGGGGGGCAUGAAGUUGAAGGAGGGUCCACCCACAAUGAUGCCGCUGAGCGUGGCGCGUUUGGGAGAGCCAGAAUGCCUUACGAACAUCUAAAGACGGUAAGGUUGCCCGUCCAGAGUUUUGUUGCCGCGUAG